CAAAGUUGAACGAUGGUGAUGCGCGCACAGGGGCUGUCAGCGGUGGAAAACGGGAGGUACAGUAAAGAACCAUUGUGCUACACAGGCGUGUGUUCGUAUACAUGGUCUGAAAACUAAAUUAAACUUCACUUUGGAUUGAACUGAAAUACAUUUAUAAGAUGGCUUAGAACUCCAAAGUUUCCUUAGUUUAAGGACUAUUAAGUGGAUGAAUCUACAAACAAUAGGGAGUGAAAUCGCUACAAUUUAGAAACUUUUACGGAGGAUUUCCCAUGCGUGACCCCAGCUUGGUCUCAGACACUGCUUGCGUUAAUUAUUCCAUUAUGAGUAAUGACAAAUUCCAAACACCUGUGAGCAGUGGUACGAGAACAGGGAACGAAAUAACGCACAAGGAUGAAGGGGCAAGCCAAAGGAAUUCAUCUGCCGAAAUGAGUGACAGUUCCUUAGACAAUCACAGCCGGCAUGUCCGUCCCAGGCUAGACAUCUCUACAGAGCCUCAGCCAUCACAUUCUGAUGACAGAGAUGCCCACUCGAGUGGGAAUGACUCGACUGAGAGGGAGAGCGAAAGGCACAUGGGAAGGGGAGCAUCAUCCACCUUCAGGUCUCACAAUGGAAAGGGUUCAACCACAGAGACUACAGAAAGCAAGAGCUCAAAUGGAAACAGUCCCUCCCCACCAAGCAGCUCGGUGUCGUAUAGUCUUUUGAGUGGCAGCUCAGAGCGGGACCACCCAAACUCCCAGCAACCCAAAGGUUGCAGCAAUGAACAGCCGGCCCGGUUGCAGACUCAGCGAGAGCUGCUGAAGGCCCUGCGCGAGCUCAAGAUUCGCAUGCCGAUGGAACGACGCGGAAAGGGACGAUCUAGCACUCUGGCCUCCCUGCAGUAUGCACUAAGCUGCGUUAAACAAGUCCGGGCUAAUCAAGAGUAUUACCAUCAGUGGAGUAUUGAAGAGAGUCAUGGGUGUUGUUUGGACCUGUCGUCAUAUACUAUUGAAGAGCUAGACAACAUUACAUCAGAGUACACCCUUCAAAACACGGACACGUUCUCUGUGGCAGUUUCCUUCCUCUCUGGUAAAGUGGUUUACAUUUCAUCCCAGGCGGCCUCUCUGCUGCGCUGUACACCCGAGAGGCUGCAGGGGGCGCUGUUUUCUGAGCUGCUUGCGCCACAGGAUGUCAGCACCUUUUACAGCAGCACAGCUCCCUGCCGUCUGCCGCCAUGGGCGUCCUGUGCUGGAACCACCUCACAGGUGGACUGUGCCGAGGAGAAGUCAAUGUUUUGUCGGAUUAGCAGAGGUAAAGACAGUGACGGAGAGGUGAAGUAUUACCCCUUCAGACUUACACCAUAUCAGCUGACCCUGAGAGACUCCGACACGUCCCACCCUGAACCCUGCUGCCUCCUCAUUGCAGAGAGAGUUCACUCCGGUUAUGAGGCUCCUCGUAUCCCAGCAGACAAGAGAAUCUUCACCACCAGUCACACCCCAAACUGUCUCUUCCAAGAAGUUGACGAGAGGGCUGUGCCUUUAUUGGGUUACCUUCCUCAGGACUUGGUCGGGAAACCAGUGCUGAUUUACCUUCAUCCAGAUGACAGACUCCUCAUGGUCGCCAUACACAAGAAAAUUCUCCAGUUUGCAGGGAAGCCGUUUGAACAUUCUCCCCUGCGCAUGCGUGCACGGAGCGGGGAGUACCUGACCCUCGACACCAGCUGGUCCUCCUUCAUCAACCCCUGGAGCAGGAAGGUGGCUUUUAUAGUGGGACGCCACAAAGUUCGAACGAGUCCCCUAAACGAGGAUGUGUUCACUGCCCCUGAGGUUGGGGAAGUGAAGACCGUGUCCCCAGAGGUGCUGCAGCUGAAUGAACUGAUCCAUAGAUACCUGGUGCAGCCCAUUCACAGCGGCAGCUCUCAGGGUUACGGCAGCCUGGGCAGCAGCGGCUCCCACGAGCUCCAGCGAAGUGCCACCUCCUCCUCUGAAAGUAACGGACAUGCUUCAGAGGACCAGAUCAAACCCAGGAAACCAAUGACGUUUGAGAAGAUUUGUCAAGAUGUGCACAUGGUGAAGGCCAGCGGACAGCAGGUCUUCAUGGAAUCCCGAAACCGGCCUUCACCCCCACCUCUCAAACAGGGCAGCUUAGAAGCAUUGGUGAAGGCGGCAGAAACAGCAGAGGCCUCUGCAAGAGAAAGACUGGCAAGUUUAGCUCUGUCCAGUCCACCCAGGAAAGAGCUGCCCAUCAUUUAUUCAUACCAGCAGAUCAACUGUCUGGACAGCAUCAUACGAUAUCUGGAGAGCUUUAAUGUCCCUGGCACAGUGAAGAGGAAGUGUGGCUCAUCUUCCUGCACAACCUCUUCCACCUCUGACGAUGACAAACAAAGGGAAGCAACCGGAGCAACCGAAGGCAUAGCAGAGACUCUUGUGGGGACUGAGGGGUCAAAGGUCGUCCCUGCAGCACCAGCACACCCCCUGACCCCUCUUGCUCUGCAUUGUAAGGCUGAAAGUGUCGUCUCGGUCACUUCCCAGUGCAGUUUCAGCAGCACCAUCGUACACGUUGGGGACAAAAAGCCACCUGAAUCAGACAUUGUUAUGAUGGAUGAGCUGCCAACCACCCCAACACCGUCCACCCCAGCUCCACCCACCUCUAUCACCUCUCCAAUGCCCAUGAACUCACAGCUGACCUCGUUCCCCACCACUGCUGCCCCUGAGAAAGACAAGGAGAAGGAGAGAAGAGGAGGAGGAGAAAGCACAGGAAAGGGCCUCACAAAGGCAGUUCUGUCAGCACACACCCAGCAAGAGGAGCAGGCCUUUCUCAACCGCUUCAGAGAUGUCAGCCAGCUGCGGAUGGCCCAACCCAAUGGGCCACCACAGCGCAAACAUACGUCUUCACCUGGUACAAAAGGAGUAAACAGCUCGCAGAAUUAUCCUUCUGGUGGUGGCAGCGGUCGUUGGCAUGGCAGAGGUGGGAAGAGACGAAAACACCAAGUAGACAGAAACAUUCCUGAGACUCCCUCCGGCUCUGGUUCUGGCCCCUACAGGGCCCCUAGAGCUGCAUCAGCAAGACCCAACUUCCCCUCUGUCCAGCACUCUUCCAACUCUUGGCCAUCAUCGGUGGGAUCCCAGACUAGCGGAGCUCCCGUUAUGACAUCCUUUCCUCCUGGCUACAUGCCCAUGUACCCCAUUUCGCCCCCUUUCUCAAUGUCCCCAAUGGCCACGGAUCCUUCUUUGCAAACAGGAGGCCCUAGGUUCUCCAUGCAGGGUUCUCAGAUGUUUCCUCCAGUGAUGCCACCAGUUAUGACCUUCAUGUUGCCCAAUUAUAUGUUUCCACAGCUCGGGAACCCAGGACCACAACUUAAUCCGGCCAACGUGCUGCUCAAUGGACAACUGCCCCCCCAGAUGAACCCCUUGGGCCAGUUCCCUUCAUCUUUUGCUCAAAUAAACCCUGGUGUACCUUCUUUUAAUCCUGCAGUGGCACAGUUCAAUCCUCUGGGCUCCCAAAUUAAUCCUGCCAUGCCGGCAAUGAUUCCCCAACCGUUCUACAACCCAAAUCCACUGUUCACUUUCCCCAACUCUUCAUCAAUGCCAGCAGGAAAUGUAGCCCCUACGCUGCAUGGACAGUCUCGCUCCAGCACACCUCAGUCUACAGGGCAGCAGGCUGGCGAGAGGGAAGGGGCUGGAUCUCCUCUCUUUCAGUCCCGAUGCUCCUCACCGCUCAAUCUGCUGCAGCUUGAAGAAUUGCCGAGCAACCGCACGGAUGCUAUGCAACAGACUCCACCCCCAGGGGGAGGCGCAGCUCAAGGAGGUGGAGCUGGAGGGCAGAACUCCAACAAUCGCAUCAACACCAAAGAUCCCAAACUAAAUGAAAAUACUGAAGUCAAUGAGGCCAACCAGGACGCCAUGUCAACCUCCAGUGACAUGCUGGACCUACUUCUGCAGGAGGACUCUCGCUCGGGCACUGGCUCAGCUGCCUCAGGCUCUGGGUCAACAGGGUCGAGGUCUGGGUCAUCUGUCUCUGGGUCGAAUGGCUGCAGCACUUCAGGAAGUGGCACUAGAAGCAGUAAUACCAGCAAGUAUUUUGGAAGCAUUGACUCGUCAGAGAACGAUCACUCUCAUAAACCAGCAUCAGGAGAUCUGGGAGGUGAACAGUUCAUUAAGUUUGUCCUGCAGGACCCCAUUUGGCUCCUCAUGGCCAACACCGAUGACAAGGUCAUGAUGACGUACCAGAUCCCUGUCAGAGACAGAGACUCAGUACUAAAAGAAGACAGAGACGCCUUGAAAGCCAUUCUGAAGCAUCAGCCUCACUUUACUGAAGAGCAGAAGAAAGAGUUAACUCAGGUCCACCCAUGGAUCCAAACCGGCUGCCUUCCCAAAGCCAUCAACAUUACAUCAUGUACAGGGUGCGGAUCUCCCACAGACUCCUUGACUCUUCCUCCAUUUGAGUUAGACUUUCACGAGAUGGAUCUUAACAUGGUUUUGAGAGAAGAGGCGGUUGCAGAAAUAGCCUUUCCCUUGAGUCCUCCAAUAUCUGAUACCGAGCAGAAAGAUACUGUGGCCAGUGCGGCCACUGCAAGCAAGUGACAUCACUAGAGGAGAAGUGGGACUGAAGACUGCUGGACAAUGAUUGGUCAUCUCGCUGGCUGCCACUGUGUGAUUGGCAUAAAUCAAUCGGAAGUGCACUCUAGUCAGACUUGACAGCUGAUGAUUGUUUUCAUUAAGACUUGAAUUAACAAUUACUAUACACAAAAAGUGAUCAACUGAUGAGACAAAUCUGGACCAAUUUCAAAGGGUGAAAGGUUUAUUUUGAUCUUUAAUCCUCUGGGACAAUGUCACGUCAGUCGUUCUGUAAUAUUAUGGAUAUCUGGUAUAACCAAUGCUCUGAACAGUUAAAUGAAAAAGGGAAUGAAAGACUUCAUUUAUUUUUCAUAGUUUGAUGUAAACUGAUAUGUACGUGUUGCACAAGAUGGAUGUUAGCAUCCAUUAUUUUUUAAUUAUGAGAGGAAAGUCGUUUAUUAAGGGAUUUUAUUUGCACUUUUCUUCUUUUGGGUUCUCAUAAUAUUCAUGAGCUUGUGUGGCCUUAUGAUCGAUGCUGUCUCAUAAUUCAUGACACCACAUGACCUUCCUAUUACAUGCACUUCUUUUAACAGUGAGUUGCUUUUGAAUUAUGAACAGGUGGACAAAGGAGUCAACUUCACAAACAGCAUUCAUUCUGACUGUGAGUCUGUUAUCAGAUCAGCCCAUUGAUAUUAGUAAAUCAAUGUUGCUGAAUUCAAAAGUUAGUGAAAAAGCACAUUCACGUCUGUUUGAAUCCGAGCACUUUUUCAAACAGAGCUCUUCAUUUAUUUGUGCAUGAAAUUAUAGAUAUAAAUGGCUUGUAUAUGUUGUAACAUCUUCGUUUUCUUUUACAGUCCAUAGAAACACAAGGACACACUUUCAGCCUGUGUACUCUGUUUAGCAUCCAGUAUCUUGUUCAGUUUCACAACAUAUAUGAGACGUUAAAUCUUACGGGAUAUAAGCUUUGUCAAUAAUGCAAAGCAAGACAAAACAUAUCCUUGGUUCACCCUUUAGAUUAAAUUGUGAAGGUAUAAGCAUGUCUGCGAAAACAGACAAGCCCAAUCGGUUUACAUGCAGUACACAGUUCUGUUAAAAACCUUAGUUGAAUGCGCAGGAAUUCUAAACUGAAUGUGUAAAUUGAUCAACAAAAUGUAUUUAAAACAUAUGAACUUAUGCAUUUUUGUUUCAUUGACCCUUAAUAAAGAAGUGUAUUUUUGUGUACUUUUA